AUGCCGACCCAGGGCAGCACCAGCAGCAGCAGCAGCGGUCUCUUCUACGGCUGCUAUAGCUCCAGCGAGUUCCUGUCUCGCAAGCCGCCACCAUCGGCCGCCGCCGAACCGGCCGCCUGGGCCUCGCGCGUCGCUCUGCUGCUGUCCGCCAGCAGCGCAGCUCACAAGAAGAAGAAGAAUAAUAAUAAGAAGAAGAAGUCCGGCGGCCACAGCUCCAAGAUGCGGCGCAUCAGCUCCUGGAGCGAGGAGGGCGACCUGGAGAGCCGGGAGGCCGGGCCAGACGCGGCCCGGACGGGGCCUCGGGCACUCACGGCCUUCGCUCAGGGCCGACCGCGACUCGACGGCGAGCGCCGUCGGCCCCGCGGCGGCCGUGGCACCGACAGCUCCCCAGCCCGUGCCGACGACUCCCGAGGCCCUCGCCGUGACCACCACGAGGAGCGCCGGGCCAAGGCGGGGGCAGCGGAGAGGUCAUGGGGCCUCGACCCGAGUCCCGGAACGUCGAGCCGACGCGGCAGGGUUCGCUCCAAGCGCAAGGCCCACGUGGUGGGGUCGUCCAGUCGCCUGGCCGAGCACCACUCUGGAUUCCCAAUGGCCAAUAACACCGCCACCGCCAAUAUCACCACCACCAAUAACACCACCACCGCCACCACCAAUAUCACCACCACCGCCACCACCACCAAUAUCACCACCACCGCCACAAACGAACUCGAACAGCCACAACAAGGUCCCUCGGCUGUUGCAGGAAGGUCGGCAGAUCCCACGACCACCACCAACAACAACAGCAAUGUUAUUAUUGACGAUAACCUCCCCCGAGCAGCAGUGCGCGCCGCGUGCCCUCUGGCCGUGCCACCGCCACCGCCCCCCCACAAGCUGGUGGCCGUGGACUGCGAGAUGGUGGGCCUGGGUCCCGGCGGCUGUCGGGGCGCGCUGGCUCGCUGCAGCGUGGUGGACUACUACGGCUCGGUGCUCUACGAUAGCUACGUGCGCCCCGAGGAGCCCGUCACGGACUACAGGACGAGGUGGAGCGGCAUCCGGCCGAGCCACAUGCGGGAAGCCACUCCGUUUCGGGCGGCACAAAGAGAGAUUGUGCAACUGCUGCACAACAAGGUGGUGGUGGGCCACUCGAUCGCCAACGACUUCCGCGCCCUGGGCUACGUGCACCCGACGGAGCGCACGCGCGACACCGCCUCACUGGUGGAGCUACGGCGUCGGGCGGGCCUGCCGCUCGCCCAGCCCGCCUCGCUCAAGCGCCUCACCAAGCUGCUGCUCUACCGCGACAUCCAGGUGGGCAGGCACGGCCACUCGUCGGUGGAGGACGCGCGAGCCACCAUGGAGCUCUACCGCCUCGUGGAGACUCAGCUGGGAGCCACCGCCGCUCCCUGAGCCGCCACGGCGACGGCCCCCGUCGUCGUCGUCACGGCGACGGCCCCCGUCGUCGUCGCCACGGCGACGGCCCCCGUCGUCGU